AUGACAGAGAGCGCGCCAAACAACACCAAAGAUGAGCAGCGCUCAAACCUGAUCAAGCUAGCCGCAGAUGGUGCGCUUGAGUCGCAUGCGGGAGAUAUGAGUGGCACUGCGACUGAAUGGACGCACCGCGAUAAAGCGCGGCACCACGCUGCGUUGCUCGGCAUCGGUUUGACAGCAAGCAAUUUGGAGCGCGUGCCUGCCGCCGAACAGCUUGCGCCUGGGAUCCGGCUUGAUUUGCAACCUGCGUGCAAUGCAAGACCGGACGCGGAUACGCCGCCCGGCACGACGCAGGCAGGGGAUGCGGAGCAGGACAGAGAGCCGAGCACGGACCGUGGUCCGGCAGUCGGUGUGCCGCCCGAACUGGAUCCACGCACACCCAUAUUCCGCCCUGGAAAACCCAGUGCAGGGUCAAUUUUUUCCAUUGCGGCGCAGCCGGGCACGCCAAAAAGCGUCGCGUUGGAUGGCACCGACAAGGCCAGCGAGCGGAGCUUGCGCUUGGGGCCGUCCUUCUCCCCUUCGCUUACUCAUUCAGGUGCAACUGAUAUCUCGGCGAGCGAGUCAUUUACGAGCUCAUCUCGCGCUACUACACCACUCCACUCGUCUGUGCGCUCGCUCGGCUUUGGGCCGCACCACGCACGGAGCCAAAGCGCCACCGCAAGCGCCGCGGAUUCCGAAGCAGGCAGCACGAUGAGCGAUUUCAGCGGAAGUAUAUACUCUACAGAUACCCGGGAGCUGGAGCAGACGAUCGAGCGGCAACGGAUGCGCGAGCGCGAGAUGCUCGGCGGCGAAGUCGGCAUCGGCGGCCCGAUUUCAGCUCCUUUCGUGCACUCCACCGAGUUUUUCCAGCUCCACCCCUCGUCGAGCCAGCUAUCGCUGAGCACCGCGGCCACAAUGGCUUCGUCCCCUUCCCAAUCUAUCCUCGACAGCGACUCCACAGCUUCCCUUGUUCGAUAG